AUGGAAGAGGAAAAAGUCGCCACUGAUGUUUCUGAAAAGCGUAAAGUUGAGGAUGAUAAUGUAAAUCCUAAACCUAAUCCUAAACGAAUUAAACUUGUCCGACCUGUAUUUUCACCAGUUGCCAAACCUCCAAUCUCCACAACCUCAGAAAUCGAUAAAUCAGAAGUUCUACCUAUAGAUAUACCUAAAUCUAAUAUUAUACAAUCAACAGAAAUAUCUAAAUCUACUUCACAGUCAAUAGAAAUACCCAAAGCUACAGUACAACAAGCAGAACUACUUAAAUUAAAUAAUUAUUCUGAUUCAAAAGUUCCAGCUGAGGUUGAAGUUUUACAAUGUACUGAAAAAUCAGUUGAUAAACUAGAAAUAAUAAAAACAUCAAUUGCACCAGAAGCUGUUAAAAAGCCCGAAGUCAUGAUUCACAGUCCUGAAGAACAAAUUGAUACCAGUUCUGAUGCUUUAUAUAUAAAAAAUAUGUUUAGUGAAGAGACAAAAAAAGAAUUGGAACAUUUAAAAAAAAAUAUUUUCAAGAUUGAUGAUGAUGGAUCAUCUUCAGAAAAUGAUAGUCAACCAAAACGACCUCGAUUGAAGCGGCCAACCUUUGUUACAUCAACUGUGGAAGUUAAAAAUGAACCUACUGAUUCAAAAAUAUUUAAUAAAAUAAAUGAAACAUCUAGAUUUGAUUCAGUAAAAUCUGAUUGUGAAGAUAAUACUAACAAAAAUACUGAUAAACCUAGUGAAAAACUAUUAAGUGCUGAAGAAAAGAUUGACCAAGCAAUAAAAAAUACUAAUGAGGAUGUAAGGUUAAAACAGUUAGGGCAAGUUAAAAUUUAUGUUGAAGAUAUAAUAAAGACACAAUCUAAUAAAAUUGCCAAUAUUAAUAAAGCUAAAGAAGAAAAAUCGACCGCAUUCAAUUCUGUUGUUAAAUUAGUUGAAAACAAAACUGAUAUAACCAAAAGUAUUGAAGUGGAUAAUGUUAAUGAUAUUGAUAAAACAAUGCCUAUCCAAGUAGAUACUAUUACACGAGAAUUUACUAAUUUAAAAGAAAAGGAAAAAGUAUUAGUUGAGGAAAAAUCUAUUGACAAAAAAGUUAACUUAAUAGUUGAAGAACAAGAAUGUAUAGAAAAAGAAAAAAUAACUGAAGAAAAUAACCUUAGUAAAGUAACUUAUGAAAACAUUUUAGACUCUAAUAUUGUGAAAGAAAGUGUCAAUGACAACUAUAGAGUGGUUUUGGAAAGAUAUGUUGACAAACAAUGUAAAGCACAAGAUAUAAACCCUAGUCCAAUAAUUGAGAAACCUAAAGAUGAAAAGUCUAUAGUAGAAACCAGUUAUGAAUGUAUUAAUGAGUAUAAUAAAAGCAAUGACGAAAUCAAUAGUGAAUGUAAUAUUAAUGAUAAAAUAAAAGGUAAAUUAUGUGAUUCAGAAUUAGAUAAUUCUCAAAAAGCUGAUGAUAAUACUUAUUUAGAAAACAAAAAACAAAACUCUUCAAAAAACAUACACAUUGAAGAUGAAAAUAAGCAUACUACUAUUAUGUUAUCAAAUGAAGUAGUAGGCAUUGAUAUAAAACAGAAUAAUGAAGAAAAAGACUCUCAAAUGUUUAAAUCUGAUAUUUUAAAAGCAGCUCUUAUGUCAAAAAAAUCUCCUGAAUCACUUGGAAAUUCGUCGGAAGUUUAUGAUCAACCUUCUGCUAAUCUACCUGUGUUAGAAACUAAACAAAAUGAAAAUUUACCAAAACUGGGUCAAGACUCUAUAGUUAAUAAAAUAGAAGUAGAAAUAAAUCUUGCUAUUAAAGAUCAGCCAACUAAAAUUAAAAAAUCACAAAAUAAGAUUCUUAGUAAUGUAACAGAAAUGUCUAAAGAAGCAUGUAGCUCUGUUUGUCUUGAUGAAAACACAUCAGUUGGUAAAAUUGAUGAGCCUCCAAAAUGGGGAUCAGCUAAAAUGAAUGAAGUAGAAAAAUUUUUAAAUGAUUCUAAUGUAACCAUUACUCCUAUUUGUAAGUCUCAAGAAUCACCCAAACUUGGUAAAAUAACAUUGAAAUUACCUAAAGUUGGAAAUCCAGAAAUUAAAUCUGAAACUACAGUUCGUCCAGAUGUUAAAUCUGAAUUGAUAAAAAAAAUCACAAAUAAGCAUAUUGCUAUGGGGGAUAGUCCUUUAAAAAAUGCUCUUUCUCAACCUUCUAAAUCUUUUAGUGACUUUGUUACUAUCAGACCUGCACCUAAACUCAGUGCUGAACAAAUUGCUCUUUUAGAACAACAAAUUUUAAAUACCCCCAAAAAGAGAGGUAGACCACCAAAAGCUUUGGCUCAACAAAAACAAUUAUUAUUAGAAUAUCAACAACAACAGUCAAAAGUUCAAGAAGGCAGUACUGAAAAUGAACCUGUUUUUCAUGUUCCAUUAUUUGAUAUGGAAGACAUGAGCGGAGGGGCAGGGAUGUUUGAUUCAUUUGAAGCAUCAACACCAAAGCGAGGAAAGGGUAUCAGAGGUAAAGGUAGUCGUGGGCGAAGAGGUCGAGGAGGUCGUGGUGGUAGUGGUCGUGGCCGCGAUGGAUCAGACAGUGAUACAGCAUCAAAUUGUAGGCGUAUAGAUGACGAAGGAGAAACUUUUCAUGAAGAAAUGAAUCAAGAGGAAGAAACCAAACAAGUAGCAAUGAUAGAAGCUGAACGACUUAGGAAAGAAGAAGAACGUGAAAGAAAAUUAGAAGCAAGGAAAAAGAAAAUAAAACUCCGUAAUGAUAUUUUAAAAGAAAAGAAAUUGAAAAAGAAACAAAGAGCAGAAGAAAGAAGACUUCAGUGGCAUGAGAAAAAAAGGCUUAUGCAAGAAGAAAAGGCCCGAGCCGCUGAGAUGAAGAAAUCUCUUCCACCACCUCAAAACUUUGAUGAUGAGACUCGUAUGAGUGCUGAUUGUAAUAAUAGUCUGUCCCAAUCUGCUAGGAAUUUCAUAAUGGGUGAUGAAGAUUUGUCUAUCAGUGGUACAAAUGAUAGUAUUAGAAUGAAGAAAGGUAGAAUGGAAGUCAUUGAUCUUGAAAGUAAUAAAACAUUAACUGUUGAUCAAAUUGCUGAAUAUCAAUGGCCAUUGGAUGGCGGAGAAUUGUAUAUGAUUCAAGAACAAAUAUCUAAUUUCUUGGGUGUUAAAUCAUUCAAAAGAAAAUACCCAGGAUUGAAGCGUCGUAAUGUCGAAGCUGAAGAACGAACAUUCUUGUGUGACAGUGGAUUAGUUGCUGAAUCAUUAUGUGAUCUUGGCUUAACAGUUUUGUAUAGUUCGGAAGUAUUAGAUGUCAUGUAUACAGAUUUUCCAGAAAAAUAUGAAGAACUGAGAGAAUAUAUGAGACUUAAACACGCCAAAGAAUUAUCUAAUCGACAAAGAGCAUUGAUGACAAUAAGUUCAAAUAACGAUGGGUCAAAGUUAGAUUUACGUGAUAGAGCUAUGGAAGCUGUAGCCAAUUGGAAUGCCAAUUUAAACAAGUCACGUCUAGAAUCUCGUAAGUGUUCAAUGGAUAUGCAAACAUUUAUUGUACAUUAUCCAAAAAACAAAUGUAAGAAAAUGGCUGUUCCUAAACCUAAAAUUGGCAGUUAUCCAUUGGCUUUACUACCUGGACAAUUCUGUGAUUACUACGCAACAUACUCUAGUGAAGAUUUACGUUACUUGCCAAUGAACACUGUUAUGUAUGGUCCUUUGAAAUCUGUAGAUAAAGACUUUCCUGUUUCAUUAAGCAGCCAAUCUGAAUCUGAAGAUAGCUCUUCUGACGACUCUAGUGAUAGUGAUGAUUCAAUUGACGUUGACAACAAAUCUGACAAAAAUUGUUUGGAGUAUGGUCCGAGCGAUAAAAAAGGAGCUGAAUGUAAACUAUGUUUUGGCACCGCAGAUAAGAAUAAAAUAGGAUCGGUCGAACCAUUGAUUCAUUGCUUUAAAUGUUCAACAAUUUAUCAUCCAACAUGUUUGGAUAUGACAUUGGAGAUGAUUCCCUACAUAAAACGUUACAAUUGGCAAUGUAAUGAGUGCAAAUCUUGUGCUCAAUGUAAAGAAGUGGCUGAUGAAGACAAAAUGUUAUUCUGUGACCUUUGUGAUAGAGGGUAUCAUAUUUAUUGUGUAGGACUCCGAAGAGUACCUGAAGGUCGUUGGCAUUGUCAAGAAUGUGCUAUGUGUAGUUCAUGUGGGGUUUCUGAUCCAGGACCAGGUGAUUCUAAAUGGUUUUAUGAGUUUAAGAAAACUGAAAAAACUGGGUCAAAAGUCUAUUGUCGUACAUUGUGUGCUCCGUGUUCCAGGUCAUGGAAAAAAGGCCAUUUCUGCCCUAAUUGCAUGCGUUGCUAUCCUAUCAAAAACGUCGAGCGCAUGACACAGUGUAACAGUUGUGAUAGAUACUUACACUCAGAAUGCAUCAGUGAAAGUACAUCAAUUAAUCAAGUUGUUACAUGUACUGUAUGUGAGGAAAAAGCAGUUUCUAGAUUAUUAACUACAGUGCCUAGAUCCUUGAUUAAAGUCUGAAUUAAAUUGCUAGGUAUAGCCUAUUCUUAACACAAUAAAAAAUUGGUUUAGAUUUUUUUCAGCUAUUUUAAAGAGUUAAUUAAAAUCCAUCUUUUGCUCAUUAACAUGUAAUUAAAAAUUAUUUGGUUUUAUUUUAAUAUUUUCAUUAAAAAUUGUAUAUAAAAUAUUUAAAGAGUAAUUGUAAAUAUUAAAUAAAUAAAUAAUAGCUGGACUAUUGAUCAAAUCUAAUUAAAUUUAGCAAUAAAACGAUUAUUAAUGAAUCCAUGAGUAAACUAAUUACUUGAAAUAAGUUAACUAAUUUAUGAAUCUUGUGAACAUUGAUUAAUUAGGUAUGAUAAAAUCUAAGUAUAUUUGUCAGUUGUUGCCAUAAUAUAUC